AGAAAGCAAAAAGGACUGAGACUCAGAGAGCUUAUACACAGACGACUGAACUCACUCUUUAAAUACUGCAACUGAAAGCACCCGAAAAUGUGUAAAGGAUUAGCUGCCUUACCCCAGAGCUGCCUGGAAAGGGCAAAGGAGAUCAAGUCGAAAUUGGGCAUUUUACUGCAGAAGCCAGAAAAUGCCAUCGACCUCAUCAUCCCCUACCCCGAGAAGACCGAGAAGAAGCAGGAGAAGCAGCAGAAGCCUACUCCCGAGGAGGCUGCUCAGUGGCGUGAGGGUCUGGACCGAGUCCUGAACAACAACUAUGGUCUGGCCGCUUUCCGUAGCUUCCUGCAGUCCGAGUUCAGUGAUGAGAACGUUGAGUUCUGGAUGACCUGCGAGGACUUCAAGAAGACCAAGAACCCUGUGAAAAUGGCCACCAAGGCCAAGAAGAUCUACGAAGACUUCAUCCAGUCUGAGGGACCCAGAGAGGUAAACAUUGAUCACUUCACCAAGGACGUGACCCUGAGAAACCUGGUGGAUCUGUCUUCUACCACCUUUGACCUGGCCCAGAAGAGGAUCUUCGCCCUGAUGGAGAAAGACUCCUUUGGUCGUUUCCUUCGCUCUGAGCAGUACCAGGAGCUCCUGGCCAACUAAGCCAGAGCAGAGUCUGAAGAGAUGGGGUGGCUGGGUGGGGGGCGGGGAAGUUUCAAACAGCAGUUACUUAAUAUGGACAUAACAAUAAACAUUUUUUUUUUACAUUUAUUAAUUACCUUUUUGUAAGUACAGCUCGGGAAAUACAGACUUUAAAUUUGACAAAAUAUCCCAAAUAGAGUGAGAACAUUAUAGUUCCAAAUUACACUUUGAAGGGAAAGACUGCCUUUUGAAAUAGCCCUCCCUCCCCAACCAACACACACAUCCCCAAACACACACACACACGUUCUUGAACUCCUUUACCAGUGAGGACCUUCCACUGACAACAUGCAUUCCCUCUCCUCUUAAAGAAGUGAGGGUUUCCCAGAAUAACCUCACUUGUCAAAAAUGGCACCAAAAACCCGAUUGGUACUCACAAAGGAAGAAGUACAGACACAACACAUGUACACACGGGGAGCCAUAUCAAAACAAACACCAAUGUGUUUCUAUACGAAACCUUCAACUCAAUAUAUUCAGAAAUCUAAAAAAUGUUUUGCAGUUUGUCAAAUUGCUUGACCACAAAAAGAUUGACCUUUUUAAAUAUACAGACAUUUUAAAACAAUAAAAUCCUUUGCUGCAGACAUGCACAUCUUAUUCUGACAGCCUCAACGUUAUUAUUUCAGUGCCUGGAAAGGAUAUGACCGUUUCUGUCCUUGAGAGCAAACCAUUGUGGAACUCUGAAUAACGACGGUUACACACUUGGCUGUUUUUAAUUAAUGUCAUGCUUUCCAACAAAAAACAAAUAUGUUGUAAUUUAAAUUAAAAAAGAACCUGUAACAAAGUGGCCUCUCUUCUAGUAUCAAUACACGAGUAAUGGUUACCACAGAACUCUCCUUGUGUCUCUUUAACUCUCUCACACUCAUAUUAGUCACUCAUUUUGGAUAUUCACCAAACUCCCCUAUUGGUUGAGAUGAAUCCUGGGAGAAUCCUUGAGAAUAGUGCUGGCUAGUUCAGUGGUCGAGCUCCUCGGCUACCACCAAACUGUAUGUUGCUAAGAUGGGAAGUGAACAGAGCAGCGGUUAUAACAGAGAAAGCUCUUUUUCCCAUGUGAUGUUACCAAAGUGGCAUUACGAGAUUAAAAAGGCUCAGAUCUGGUUUAAGUGCUUAUACACCAGUGAAAACCUGGGGGACAGAUCGUGCAGGUUUGCAACACUAAACAAUGCAAAUGCUGGAUAUUGAAAAUAAUGUUGAGGUCGUCUUUUGAGUUACAAGCCACAAGCUCAAAUUUCGGUUUAAAGUCAAAAGGGAAAUUUAAUGAUAGAGCACUGCAAUCAGACAAGUAGAUGCGAAACAGUCGCAGUUGAUAAAUCUGACAUACGCACUUUUCUUUUAAUGUUCGAGUAAACACUUAAAACCACAAGUUAUUAUUCAAUGCAUGCUGUAAGAACAUUGGUUCACCAUUGGUUGCACUAAGCUGAAGCAUAGAUGGAUGUGAUGGUGGAGUUGUUGUUGUUGUGCAAUGUUUGUGUCCUAAAUGUACUCUUUAGUUGAAUGUAGCAAUCGUUUAGUGUGAUUAUAUUUACUCUUUAAAGCUUUUGUAUAUUAAACAAAAGCAUAUGUAACCAACACAAUAAUAUUGUUAUCUAGAUAUUCAGCCAUGUAUAAGUCCUUAUUGUUUCCUAUAACACAACAAAUCCAAGCUGAAAAACAAAAGAAACAUCUUGAUCAGGAGUUGCAUGUCUUCUAACUUGUUACUAACAAAGGGCAUUAGAACAACCAACAGAUCUAAAUAAAAUCUGAGAUAUGUAUUAACAUGUUAUACAGCAUUGGCAAGGGUCCAUUAUGGCACAGAUUAGCCAGUCUGGUGUCAUAACCCUAAGUGUCAUACAGGUCAACAAUCACCUAACAGAAAAAUUAAUAAGGACUUAAACAGUGCUGAGCAUCAUUGGAUGUAGUCUUGCAUGUAACAUCUGGAGUCUAUCAUAUAAAAAUAUAUAUGCAUACAAUUCCUGAAAAUGUAUUUAUUUUUACCUGUAAAUAUCAACUAUUUACAACCAAUUGUGUCCAAGUUAUUCUUAAAUACAACAAUGGCACCCCUGAUUACAUGAGUGGAGAACAGGCAAGGACUAUUCAACACCCACUAUUCACACCUGACUCUCAAUUGUCACUGUUUGUUCAUUAGAUCCAUAUGAUUGAGUCUUUGAAACUGCAAUUAAAAUCUACUACAUUCACAGAAAGCGGAGAACAAUGCAGAUGCCACAUAAUCAAGUAA